AUGAGUACAACUAAUAAUAAUAAACGUGUUAAUAACUUAGUCGUCGAUUCAAGUGCAUUCAUUAGACAAGCACCAUUACAUAAUUUGACUGAUGUUGUUUAUACGGUCGAAGAUGUUGUCAAAGAAAUACGUGAUAUCAAAACGCGUGAAUCACUCAAUGUAGUUCUUUAUACAUUGAAAUUUAAAGAACCAAGUACUGAAGCAAUCCGUUUUGUAACAAAUUAUGCAAAGAAAACAGGUGACUAUGCAUUUUUAUCAGCAGUUGAUCUUCGACUAUUAGCAUUAACUUAUCAACUUUAUCAAGAAACAGUUGGUACAGAAAAAUUAAAUUUAGAACCAAAAAUAAAUGUUACUAUACCCAGUUCAACAGUAUCAUUCGGUAAUGCUGGUGUCAAAUUAGCUGGUUUUGUUUUUCCAAAGCAUGAAGAACAAAAUGAUGAUCAAAAUUCAGAGAAAUCAACAACAGAAAAUCAAAUUGAAAAAGAAAAUGAAGCAACAGAAAAUAAUAAUGAUGGUAAUGAGGAACAAGAAGAAGAAGAAGAAGAAGAUCCUGAUAAUGAAGAAGAUGAAGAUGUUCAAUCAUUUGUUACAGCAGUUGAUAAUGAAAAUGAUAUUACAGAAUCAAUAAAUGAUCUUCAUCUUGGUCAUGAUGAUGAUGGUUGGAUAACUCCAUCAAAUAUUAAAACUGUCAAAUCAAAAGCUUUAGACAAUGGAACAUCAGAAAAUAGUGAAACAGUUCACGAAACUUUACCUGUUGCUUGUAUUACUACGGAUUUUUCAAUGCAGAAUGUUCUUAUUCAAAUGGGUAUUCCUGUUCUUUCCGUUGAUGGUCUUCUCAUUCGAACAGCUCGUAGUUAUGUAUUAAAAUGUCGUGAUUGUCCAGGUGUUACUCGUCAAAUGACUAAACAAUUCUGUCCUGAAUGUGGUAAUCCAUCUUUACAACGUGCUAGUGUUAGUGUUGAUUCAUCUGGUCAACGACAUUAUUAUUUAACUGGUCGUUAUCGACCAAAACCUCGUCAAUCAUUGCCAUUGCCUCGUGGUGGUAAACAUUCACAUAAUCCAAUACGUGUUGAAGGUCAACCACGACCACAAAAUCGGCCAACAAAAAAAUCAUUGAUGAAACGAAAUGUACUCGAUGAUGAUUAUCUUGCUGGUUCUUCACCAUUUGCUGUGCACGAUAUUUAUAGCCGUGCAGCAACACUCGGUAUUAAACCAACAAGACGAUAA